AUGCCAGGCGCAUCACUCUGGCUCGUUCCCCGCGAGGACAACCCCUUCACCAAGACGGCACAGGAGCUCAUCUCUGAAACCGUUCCGUCAAACUUCGCCAGCGCCCUCGAAGGCAGCAAGAAAGUCCACUUCGCUCCCCACGUCACCGUCACCUCGGGCAUUGACGCCCAAAGCACGUACGAGCGUGCCUCGUCGCCACAGGCGUGGCUCGACGGCCUUGCGCUGCCGGAGUUCAAGAAGGAGUUCGACGAGCUGCUCCUCGAGCUGGAUACGUUGGAGGCUGGGGACGCGCGGUUCCAGAAACUGGUCAUUCGGCUGUUGAAGAACGACAAUAUUGUCAAGUUUGCGGCGUGGUGUAGAAGGGAGGCCGUGGAGGGAGGAGAUGACGAAAAGGCGCAGCGGUGGGCAAAGGAUGAGUAUUCUCCGCAUUUAAGCUUGAUGUAUGCCGAUAUUGCGAAGAAGGAGGUGCAGAAUAGGGUUCCGCUGGUCGAGAUGCAGAUUGCAUACGCUAUUGGAGAUAUGUUUGCUUGUUGUGGAGGCACGCUCUGUCUGGGUGGACAUCUUGUGUUGGUGGACACGAGUAGCGAGGACGUCGAUGAGUGGAAGGUCAUUGCGAAGAGAGAGACACCGUGGGCGAUGUGGAAGAUGACGCGGAAUUUGGCAUGA